AUGCUAAGAAAGGUGUUGGGUUAUAUAGUUUAUGCACUCUGCGCUUGGAAGCAGAAAGAGAGAGAAAUGGAAGGAGGAUCUGGCGAGAAGUGGAAGACAAUCUACAGAGAGUGCUUGAGAAACCAUGCAGCCAGUCUGGGAAGCUAUGCCACCGACGGGUGUGGGGAGUUCACGGUGGACAGCGGGGGGCUGCAAUGCGUGGCGUGUGGGUGCCACCGGAACUUUCACCGGAAAGUGAAGUAUCCGGUCGGUCCGGAAAGUCCUGAAGCCAUGGAUUACGGUGGUGAGGGAGGGAGUAAGAAGCGGUUCAGGUCGAAAUUCAGCACAGAUCAGAAAGAGAAGAUGCUGGCGUUUGCGGAGAAAAUUGGUUGGAAGCUUCAGAGGAAGGAUCUGGAUGAUGAGAUUGAGAGGUUCUGCAGAAGCAUUGGAGUUAGUAGACAAGUUUUCAAAGUUUGGAUGCAUAACCAUAAGAACUCUUCUUCCUCUUCUUCUGCUUCAGCUUCAGCUUCAGCUUCCACAGGAAACAUCUCCUCCCUCACCCAUUAACACUGUAACACUAUAUAUUCCUUUCAUCUCAUCAUUUUCAAUCUCUGCACUUCUUGUAUUUUCUUUUUCUCUUUAAUUACCUCCACUUAUCAUCACCCCCUCUUCAUUUUCUUUUCACCUUAACCUAACUACAAACAUUAUCUAAA